UCAUGAAGGUCUUUGUAGUGCUUGCAUUAGCGUUAGCUUGCGUUUCAGCUGCUUCUAUACCCGAAACUCCAGUUUCUCUUAAGGACAUAAACAGCGCUAAAGUAAUUGAAGGUCGUAUCACUAAUGGAAAUGAAGCUUAUCCCGGUUUAUUUCCUUACCAAGUUGGCUUAUCGCUAACAUCUGCACGUGGAUCAACUUGGUGUGGUGGUUCUUUAAUUGGCAAUGAAUGGGUAUUGACAGCUGCUCAUUGCACUGAUGGCGCAUUCUCUGUAACCGUUUAUUUGGGAAGCACUGUUCACUCUGUUGCCGAAAUUGUUCACACUGUUAGCUCUAGCUCCAUUAUUCAACAUUCUCAAUAUAACCCCUACACUUUUGCUAAUGAUCUGUCUUUGAUCAGAAUUCCUGAAGUUACAUAUACUGAGGAAAUUCAACCUAUUAGCUUACCAGCUAUUUCUAAUGAAUAUUCAACCUAUGCUAAUCAAUAUGCCAUCGCAUCUGGUUGGGGAAAAACCCAUGAUUUUAGUGGAGCUGCAACGACAUUGAAUUAUGCUUAUCUUCUUGUUAUUGCAAAUGAUGUGUGUGCUCAAGCUUAUGGCAACCAGGUUGUUACUGGCAAUACACUUUGUGUUGCAACGACCGGCGGUACUUCCACUUGCCAAGGUGAUUCUGGCGGUCCAUUAGUUGUGGACUCUAAACUUAUUGGAGUUACAUCGUUUGUUUCUUUAGCUGGUUGCCAAUCUGGACGUCCAUCUGGAUUUGUUCGUGUAACCAGCUACUUGGACUGGAUCAAGUUCUACACCGACAUAUCCUACUAAUUAAUCAAUGUAAUUAAGCUUUAAAA